ACUUCCCGAUUAGCGCGGUUGGCUGCGUACGAUGAGAAAGAAGAUUAACAUACGUACAUGAGCCCAAUGGGGGAACAGCAGGACAAUGGUCUACGCAAUGCGCUAUGAACCCGGCCACCAGCGUUUGAUGACCAGCCCUGGCUAAGAUCAAUGGCGAGUGGCAUCUGAAACCGGUCACAGGCCUCUCCCACUUCACGACCAACGCUGACCAGCAAAGUGAAAUUGAGCCAACAUCCUCCGUCAACAAUAUCACAUCCAGCUGUCAACUGACAAAGAGCUGCACAUUAUAUGUGUGUGGAGAAUGCAUUACAUAUACAGGCAGGAGUGGAGUGGGCGUGCAUUGGUUUGCGCACUGCACUUUUAACCUGGCAACCUGGAAUUGACUCCCACUUACAUCCAUCCAACACUGACCAGCAUGGUUCAAUGCGGUCAACCAAUUCCCAUCACCGACGCGACGUGGGAGGACCUUCAUCCCAGCAGUUCAUUGGCCAAGGUGUGUACAUUAUUAGAUGUAUUUUUUGUACAUUACAAUUUAUAUCAGUGUUCUUUGCACACCUUCAGAAGGGGGGAGCCACUUUCGCCGACAAGACAUCAUCGGUGCGAGGAGGGCCGCCACACAUUGGAAACCAUUGGGGGGUUUGACAGCAGCACGAUGCUUUUGUGUAUUUCCGGGGGGAGCACUUCAGGGGCCACACUAAAGGCCACCAGGGGCCGUCAGUGGCCCGCGUGCCUUGCAUUGAGGAACACCGCUUAAGAUAGACGGUUAGAGGAGAGGCGCAGUGGGGAGCGCACUCUGUUUGAACCCAGGGACCUGAGGUUGAGUGCCAGCCAUGGCGAACAUCAGUGCCAAGUGAUAUCUGAACCGGUCGUGGGCCACACACCCUCCCUCCCCACUCACCAUCCCAACCUCCCCGAAUUCACCACAACCCACACUGACCCAUGGCGAUAAAGCAUGGUCAUACAAUCCAGACACAUUUUUUUUUAGGGCCGCGUAAAUAAUUCGACGUGAAUUUGUUUAAAAGUAAUCGCAGGAGACAGCCAGGGUUUUCGAAGGAUGCCAUUGCACAUGUAUUAGAUGGUAAGGAUUCGAUAGAAAAAAACAGUGUCGUAUUCACGAACCCGUGCAGGCAAGGUCUGCUGCAUUAUGGUCAAACAAAAGACACAUAACCACAACAGCAUUAGGAGACCUCUAUCAAUAUAUGAAUUAACAAAGAGCUCUAAAUUAUUCUUAUUAUUGUAAUGAGCCCAUAUAGCUGGUGUUUCCAUACGUUUGGCCAAAUCUGUCAACGUCGCUCAUGGCUUCCCUGCGCUAGUUGGUGUCUCCCGUCGCACUGCAGAGCGAAUACGAAGCCCUCCUGCUCGUCGCGACGCGCAAUCCGCUCACCGUCAGGGGCCAUCACAAGAGACUUUGAAGGCGAGCCCCACGUGACACCCAUACAGCGUCGCCCAAAACCCCCGCAAGAUCGUUCGCGUCGCGUCCUUUCUCAUCGUGCGAGCGACCGCCGAGAGCGAUACUGGUGCACCCUCCUCUCGUGCUUGCUGGUGGGCACAUCGUGCGUCGCCCACGGCUGUCCGGACGACUGCGUCUGCCGAGAGGACUCGCACUUCGUCAAUUGCAGCUCGCUGGGGCUGUCCGACGUACCGGGCAACCUCCCGGCGGACACGGUCACGCUGAGCCUCCAGGGCAACGACAUCGCGGAAAUCCGAGCCGGCAGUUUCGCGGGCGUCGAAGCAUUGCGGGCGCUCGACCUCUCCGACAACAGAAUCCACUCGAUCGACGCGAACGCCUUCGGCAAGCUGAGCAAGCUCUCCCAUCUGAACCUGAGCCGCAACAGGAUCCGCGAGCUUCACGGGGAGACGCUGCGUCACUCUCCGCGGCUGAGCCGCCUCGACGUGACGCACAACGCGCUGAUGGCCCUGCCCCUGGGCCUCUUCCACGGUCUGCGCGACCUCAGCCGCCUGCACCUUCGCGGGAACGGCCUCGCCAGCCUUGAGGGCGGCGUGGUGCAUCCUCUCGUGGGGCUGCGGGACCUCUCCCUGGCCGACAAUCCCUGGGAGUGCGACUGCCACCUGUCAGAGAUGAGGAGUUGGCUCGAGCGUUACUCACACCGAGGAGGCGCCGUGGACGAGGUCAGGUGCUCCUUCCCCAGGAGCCUGAAGGACCGGAGCCUCGCGUCGCUGCCGGCCGACAUCUUCUCGGAGUGCGCGCCGCUCCGGGAGAACCCGGCUCUCGCGUCCUCGCCCGGGGUCGCGGCCUCGCCCGGGGUCGCGGCCUCACCCGGGGUCCUGCCCUCGCCCGGGGUCGUGCCCUCGCCCGGGGUCGCGGCCUCGCCCGGGGUCGCGGCCUCGCCAGGCGACCCAGAGCAGGGGGAGGAACCGGGGGCCCUUGUCGCCGCCGCCGACGACGCCGCCGACCCGCCCUUCUGCACCGUGCGGCCCAAGCAGCCCCCCGUGAACGUCCGCCGCGCGGUGGGCACGCUGGCCGUGGCGGGGGUCGUGUGCGGAAUCACGUCGCUCAUGAUGGUCGUGGCCGCCGUCUACGGCUGCCUGUACGCGGCGAUGAUGUCCAGGGUGCGCGGCGGCGGCGGCGGCGGCGACGAGGCCAGGGAGCGGCAGUCGCUCGCGAUGGAGGCGUCCGAGGAGGCGUCCGAGGAGUUCGCCAAGGAGCCGCUGAACCCGUCCCCGGCGUGACUCCGCGGUGCCGCGGGCGUCGCUGCCGCUGUUUGUUGUCGUUGUGCAAGGGGCUCGUCGUGGGUGCCGGAAGAUGCAGCUGUCAGUUGGGAUGCCCGGCCGCAGCCAGGGCUUAAUUUGUAUCGGAAUAAUUUGCGUGUUGCUGGAAGAAUGAUUGGGGUAGGUGUCGCGUGACUAGUAACCGUGGCGACGGCGAUGGGUGUACUGGAUGCGGUGUGCAGAAUGCGGAAAUAUUUUUGUGGACCUGGCUGAUAUUGAGCCCUGGCCAGAGGCAUUUAACGUUUGGACCUCCUCCCAUCCUAUGAAUUGUCACAUAGGACCGCAAUAACAUUGAAGAUUCACGCUGGGAAUGUAGCGGUCUGCAGUGGCUGUGGUAGCCACGUGACCCAAUUAGAUACAAGAUAUGAGGAGGUGUCCUGGAAACACUAGAUAACCUACGCAAGGUAAUUCUCCAGUGAGCAGUGUGUGCUUCACGGUACGUAUAUUAAGUGGAUGGAAUAAACCAAUUAUUAAGUUCAUUGUUCGGCCAUCUCCGGAGAGAUGAUACAAUACAAAUUGUAAAAUUGGAUAUAAAAUUUUUGACUUAAAACAUUCGUGACUGCAGGAAUUCAUAUUCUGUGGUUCUUUCGGUAACGUCACCUUGAUAGAAGAAAAAAUAAUAACAAUAAAAUAAUAAAAAUGAAAAUAAAGUGAAUACAAAAUAAUAAAAA